AUGGACUGGCGCUUCGGAAUAGCUGCAGUGCUGUUCAUUUUUCUGGUGGUGGUGGAAGUUAACAGUGAAUUUCGAAUCCAGGUAAGGGAUUAUAACACUAAAAAUGGCACCAUCAAGUGGCAUACAAUCAGAAGGCAAAAACGUGAAUGGAUCAAGUUUGCUGCAGCCUGUCGUGAAGGAGAAGACAACUCAAAGAGGAACCCAAUAGCCAAGAUCCAUUCAGACUGUGCGGCCAACCAGCAAGUUACAUACCACAUCUCUGGAGUAGGAAUUGAUCAACCACCUUAUGGAAUCUUCGUUGUUAAUCAAAAAACUGGUGAAAUUAACAUAACGUCCAUAGUUGAUCGAGAAGUCACUCCAUUUUUCAUUAUUUACUGCCGGGCUGUAAAUGCUCAGGGCCAAGAUUUGGAGAGAAUUCUUGAGCUCCGAGUUAGGAUUUUGGAUAUAAAUGACAACCCUCCCGUGUUUUCUAUGUCUACUUUCCUAGGACAAAUAGAAGAAAACUCUAAUGCAAAUACACUGGUGAUGAAACUCAAUGCUACUGAUGCAGAUGAACCCAAUAAUUUGAACUCAAAAAUAGCUUUCAAGAUCAUAAGCCAGGAACCUUCUGAUUCACCCAUGUUUAUUAUCAACAGAUACACUGGAGAAAUUCGAACAAUGAAUAAUUUUCUAGACAGAGAGCAAUAUGGCCAAUAUUCUCUCUCUGUAAGAGGCUCGGACCGAGAUGGUGGGGCAGAUGGCAUGUCAGCAGAGUGUGAAUGCAGCAUUAAAAUCCUCGAUGUCAACGACAACAUCCCAUACAUGGAAUUGCCUUCAUAUUCUAUAAGUAUUGAAGAAAAUGCUCUGUAUUCAGAAUUGCUCCACAUUAGAGUCAUUGAUUUGGAUGAGCAGUACUCAGCUAACUGGAUGGCAGUAAUUUUCUUUAUCUCUGGAAAUGAGGGAAAUUGGUUUGACAUAGAAAUGAAUGAACUAACAAAUGUGGGAAUUUUAAAGGUUAUUAAGCCCUUAGAUUAUGAAGCUGUGAAGAAUCUUCAACUUAGUAUGGGUGUUAGAAAUAAAGCUGAAUUUCAUCAUUCCAUUAUGUCCCAAUAUAAGCUCACAGCGACUGCAAUCUCGGUGACUGUGUUCAAUGUAAUUGAAGGCCCAGUGUUCCAUCCAGGUUCAAAGACAUAUGUAGUAACUAGUAACAUGGGACAAAAUUAUAAAGUGGGAGACUUUGUAGCUACUGAUCUGGACACUGGUGGACCAUCAACAACUGUUAGAUAUGUAAUGGGAAAUAAUCCCGCUGAGCUGCUUGCUGUUGACUCAAAGACGGGCAUAAUUACUUUGAGAAAUAAAGUUACCUGGGAUCAAUAUAAUAUGCUUAAUGGAAAAUAUGAAGGAACAGUUCUGUCUAUAGAUGAUGCUCUUCAAAGAACUUGUACUGGUACAAUUACUAUUAACCUUGAAGGUUCCGAAUGGGAACAGUCUGGACCUACUACAACAAGUGGCCCUGGAUAUGAAGUUACACCUACUACUUCUGAACUUGAAAAUGAUCACAGUGUUGGCAGUGGUGAAGGUGGUGGUGGAGGAGUAAGUGAGCAAGGAGAAACAGGGGUUGGAAUAGGUGUGCCCCUUAUUGCAGAUAAUGUGCAUUUUGGUCCUGCUGGCAUUGGACUACUCAUCAUGGGAUUCUUGGUCCUAGGAUUGGUCCCAUUUUUGCUGAUAUGCUGUGAUUGUGGAGGUACUUCUUGUGGGGGAGCCGGAUUUGAGCCUGUUCCUGAAUGUUCAGAUGGAGCCAUUCAUUCAUGGGCAGUAGAAGGACCACAGCCCCAGCUGAUGGAUUUGACCACACUCCCUAUACUACAAAUACCAUCGGAUAAUGCAAAUGUGAUUGAAUGUAUUGACACUUCAGGUAUUUACACAAAUGAGUAUUGUGGAAGAGAAAUGCAAGAUAUGGGAGAAGAAGAAAGAAUGAGAAGAUUUGAACUAACCGAUGCAGUUAAAACACCACGAGCACGUGAGGCAUGUCAAGAAUAUUCUGGAAUAUUAAGAAGAAAUUCUAUGAGGGAAUGUAGAGAAGGAGGUCUGAAUAUGAGCUUCAUGGAAAGUUACUUCUGUCAGAAAGCAUAUGCUUACGCAGAUGAAGAUGAAGGACGGCCAUCCAAUGACUGUUUGCUCAUAUAUGAUAUUGAAGGUGUAGGUUCCCCCGCUGGCUCUGUGGGUUGCUGUAGCUUCUUUGGAGAAGACUUGGAUGACAACUUCUUGGAUACUCUGGGGCCUAAAUUUAAGAAGUUGGCAGAUAUCACCCUGGGAAAAAAUGUUGAACCAUAUCCAGACUCUGAUCCCUCAUGGCCACCUGAGAGCACUGGACCCAUUUACCCUCCACAAGAAACAGAGCCCCUUACUAGCGUGCCUCCACCCACCUCCCCACAUUACGGCACUACCACAGUCAUUUCUGAAAGCACCUACCCCUCGGGACCUGGUGUACAGCAUCCUAUGCCUAUUCCUGAUCCUCUGGGCUAUGGUAAUGUCACUGUGACAGAGUCUUAUGCCACCUCUGGCACUCUGAAGCCCUCUGUCCACAUUCAUGAUAACCGACAUGCCUCAAACGUGGUGGUGACAGAGAGGGUGGUCGGCCCGAUCUCUGGUGCUGAUUUCCAUGGAAUGUUAGAGAUGCCUGACUUGAGAGAUGGCUCCAACAUUAUAGUGACAGAAAGGGUAAUAGCACCAAGUUCAAGUCUACCCACCACUUUGACCAUCCCUGACCCUAGAGAGUCUUCAAAUGUGGUAGUGACAGAAAGAGUAAUCCGACCCACUUCUGGCAUGGUGGGCACUUUGGGUAUGCACCCUGACUUAUCAAAUGCCCACAACAUGAUUGUGACAGAGAGGGUUGUCUCUGGCUCUGGUGUAACUGGAAUUAGUGGCCCAGCCGGGAUAGUUGGAGGCAGUGGCACAUUCAGCAGUGGCUUUGUUGGCAGUAAAGCUGGAAUAAGUGGUGGUGGCAUCAUGCUGAGUAGUCUGGAAGGAGGUGGGGGCCUGAGUAGCAGCAUGGGGAGGACAGCCACCAUUGGCCACAUGAGGAGCUCCUCUGACCAUCACUUUGGCCAGACCCUUGGAUCUGCCUCCACUAGCACAGCCCAAAGUCAAAUCACAAAGUACAGUACAGUACAAUAUGCUAAUCAGCCAGGAUCCCAGUACACUUUUUCUCAGCAGUUGUGAUUUAGGUUCAGUUCCCACCACCAGAGAGCUCACAACGUCAUUUAAGAUGCACAACUCAGUGCUACAGUGCUACGGUAGUUAUAGAGCAAGAUUCGAAAUCACAGUGAGAAAAACAGGUGAAAACAGUGCUGCUGGGCAA